AUGUACACAGAGCUUCAUGGAAGGAAAGCUUGACAACAAACAACACUGCACUAUCCAUACUAUAAACAUCCAUCUGCUGAUGCUUCAGAUUGCAUCCAAGAUAGAAAGACACCCUGAAAAACACAAGUGAUAGAUUUGGCUGUGUCUGGAUGAGCUUUGCUUCGACUAUAGCAGGUACGAAAGCCCACAGGAUGUGUUACACACUGGCUAAAACCAGUCUAGAUGGUGUGAUAAUGGAGGUCCUACACUAUAAUGACAAAGAGCUGUUGUCCACCUUCCCCUUGCUGCUGAACAACUUGAGGAAGGAGCAGAUCCUCACAGAUGUUGUCCUUUGUUCUGAUGGCAACGAGAUCCCCUGCCACCGCAAUGUCCUGGUGUCCAGCAGCCCCUACUUCCAUGCUAUGUUCUGCAGCAACUUUUGUGAGAGACAACAGACUCGGGUGGAAAUGCAGGGAAUUCCCUAUAAUACCCUGAACAGCAUUGUGGACUAUGUUUACACAGGAGCUAUUAGUAUUACCAUGGAGUCUGUUCUCCCGCUAAUGCAAGCUGCUGCGAUGCUAAAUUAUGAACGGCUUUUCGAAGCCUGCUCAGCCUUCUUGCAGGCCCAGCUCAGGCCAGAUAACUGCUUGAGCAUGAGUCGCCUUUCAGAGAUUCUGCACUGCACCAGUUUGCAUCAGAAAGCUCGAGAAAUGGCUGUGAAAAGCUUCUCUGAUUUUGUGGCUUCUGAGGACUUCUGUGAACUGUCCCUGAAAGAGUUGGUUAGUUACUUAGAAGAUGACCAACUGUGUGCAGAGGAGGAGAAGGUGUUUGAAAUCCUCCUUGCUUGGAUCCAUCAUGACCCAUUUGCCCGCCAAGGUGCUAUCCAUGACCUUUUCCGUCAGGUAAGGCUACGACACAUCCAUCCCGCCUACCUCUUCCAGUUCAUCGCCAGUGACCCAUUAGUGCAGUCAUCCUCCCUUUGUACUGAGAUCAUCGACUCAGUCAGACGUCUCCUCUUUUCUGUUGGGUCCCAUUGUUCAAGCGAACUGCAACCCCUGUGGGCUGCUCCACGGCGUCAUGCCUGUAAAGAAGCUCUAGUGGUUGUAGGUGGGCGUAAAAACAAUGAGCGUACAUCUCGCGAGGCACUGCUAUUCGAUGAACAGACAGAGUGCUGGCAAUGGCUGGCUAAGUUACCUGUACGACUCUACCGUGCCUCUUAUGUCUGCAUGCACAGCAUCCUUUAUGUUCUAGGAGGUCUCACCAUGACUACAGGAGGAGGAGGUGUACCUACCGCCACAGUUUACACUCUCUCCUUAAAAAUGAAUCAGUGGAGAGUUGCAGAGCCCAUGCUGGUACCUCGAUUUGGCCAUCAGAGCAUCUCCUAUCUCCAGUUGAUCUUUGUUUUAGGUGGCAUUACAGGUGACAGACAAAUCUCCAAUGGCAUGGAGAGAUACAAUACCAUGUUCAACCUUUGGGAGUCCAUGGCUCCAAUGCCAGUAGCAGUUCAGCAGCCUGCUGUAGCAGCACACAACCAGAGAAUCUAUGUAUUUGGUGGGGAAGAUGCCAUGCAAAAUCCAGUACGAAUGAUUCAGGUGUACCACAUUGGAAGAAAUAUCUGGUGUAAAAUGGAAAACAGAAUGGUGAAGAAUGUUUCUGCCCCUGCGUCAGUUAUUGAUGGCAAAAUCUACAUUAUUGGAGGCUAUACAAGAAGAAUGCUGGCAUACGACGUUAAAGCAAACAGAUUUAUUAAAUGUAAGAAUAUGAAUGAAAGAAGAAUGCAUCACUCAGCCACCGUUAUCGACAACAAAGUCUGUGUUACUGGGGGCCGAUACAUAAACAGCCAAAAUGAUGUUCAGGAUUCAGACAGCUUUGAUUGCUACGACCCUGAGACAGACACCUGGACAUCAAAAAGACCUUUGCCAUUUAAACUCUUUGACCACGGCUCGGUUCCGAUGGUGUGUAUCUCACACAAGCCUUUUCCGACAUGUGUGUGAUUAUAAUGCUGCUAAAUAUUCAGCACGGUCAUUAGAUCGGUCAUUGACUAAGAAAGCUAUCUCAGUGUCUAUAAAUAACACUUUUGAUGACUAAGAUGCAUGCAAGAAUGUGGUGAAAAUAGGUUGCAGUUAAUGAGUAAUGUGACAUUUAGCAGAUCCAGUCACCUGCUUAACAUAAGGAAGAAUAUUUUGUAGAUGUGCCAUAAAAGAGCUGCAUCAUUUAAGCAUGUAACAACUCACUGUAACAUUUAGCAAGAACUCUUCCUCAAAUUAUAGUUGUAAACGAUUGAGUAAGACACCUUGGCAGUUUUCUGUUCCUCUGAAAUGUACUGUACAGUAAAUAUAGUAUUCAGAUGAGUUAUUCAGUUGAACUACAGCUCUAACGUCCAGCACUUGCUUUAUCCACACACCUUUAUCCAAAAUCAUUCCUACAAUUUUCUAUUCACUGAUUCUUUUAAGAAGUUCCCGUCGUUCCAUUCAACAGUGUGUGCUACUCUCUACUGUAUAUAUCAAAUAUAUCAAAUUUACUACAGCAUCCAUUUUAAAGUUGUAUUUUUUUUGUUCAGCAGUAAUUCUAAUCUUCACAUUUCAUGGACAUGUACUCUUUUUGUUUUUUUGUUUUUUUAAUAUACCAAUUUUAAAAUGUAUCAAAGCCAACUUUAUGUUUCAGAUGUUUGAAAUA